CGCUGCUUGCGGUCCACGCCUCCCUGCCUCAUCUUCUCCUCUCUACCUCUUCUCCACCAGGAACUCGCUGCUGCAGCUUCUCGGUACUUUAUUGCGCGGUGAUAGAAUCCGGGUCGAUUUUGUGCAGCGCCGAUUAAAAAAAAAAAAAAAAGCCACCCGUGCACACUGUGAUCCACGCGUUUGAGACCCGCCGGCUUCUUGAAAACCACCUCCCUGCCUUGCCAGAACAUUGUGUCCUUUGCUGCUGAGAAAAUGACUGCCAAGCAUCGGAAAGGGAAGAACAACCACAAACAUGAAGAUAACUUUUUCAAAAGCGACAACACGGAGACAGAAGUUCGCGCAGGAGCCAGUAACAACGCUCUUGUCUUGGUUUUAUUCCUGAUGAUCGUAAUAGGCGGUGCUUCUGGCGCAUGGUUCUGUUUCCAGCAGCACCAAACUUUAACCUACUUAACAGACAAUCUCAUGGGCAUGCAGAUGAAAAUAGUAAAGCUUCAGUCCUCCCACGAAGAACUGCGGCAGUCAAGUAGCAAGCCUGUUUCAGAGGGGUUGGAGACCCGCCUGAAUGCCCUGGAGGAGUCUUACACCCUGGCCCAGAAGCAGGUGGGAAUGGCACUGGCUACUGCAGAACAGCUCAGGACGUCCGACCUCCCCGCUCAGGUGCUGUCGCUCCACACCGAGAUGAAAACCCGCAUGGCUGAGAUGCAGCAAGCCACCGUGUCUCUGGAGCAGCUUGGCCAGCUGCAGAGCAUGCUGAAGGGGAAGAGCGAGGAGUUUGAAGUCGUGAGGAUUCAGGUGGAGGGCCUGGCCACGCUGCGCACCGAGCUGUCUGAGAAGGUCGAGGUCCUGACGGGCAGCCUGGGGGAGGCCGAGUCAAAGCUGGAGGACAAAGAGGAACAGGUCGGCGCGCUGAGUGCCACCCUGGACGGACAGGCGGCAGAGGUGCUCAGGUUGAAGGAGCAGCUGGUUGCCUAUGAGGCUCGGCUGGUGGAAAGCACGCAAGAGAUGGCUACUGUCAGAGAGCUGCUUGAGAGUGAGGAGGCCCGGCGGGUGCAGCAGGCCAGCGUGGAGGAGCAGCUCAAUACGGUACGUCAGAGUCUGCAGGAUCAGAACUCAGCGGCCCACAGUCUGCACUCUGGACUCGGGGCUCAGCUGGAGAACAUAAAGGAGCAGGUUACCAAGUUGGUGGGAGAAGCUCAACCUCCCGCUGAGCCUGAGAUACAGCCCGAGGAAGAAACGGCUCCAGCAGCUGAUGAAGAGGCAGCUGCAGCAACAGAAGAAGAAACCGUAGAAACGGAAGGAGAAACCGUAGAGAAGGAGGCACUUCCUGCUGCUGAAACUGCUCCUUCUGAGGAGGUCGAGGCAGAGGGAGAACAAGAGGCAGCCAACCAAGACAAGGCAGAGGCAGAUGAAGGAGCAGAAGCAGCUGCACAGGAAGAAGCUCCUGUCGCGCAGGAAGAAGCUCCUGUCGCGCAGGAAGAAGCUCCUGUCGCGCAGGAAGAAGCUCCUGUCGCGCAGGAGGACUCCGUGACAGAUGAAACCGCUCCUUCAGAAGAUGAGGCAGAGGAUACGAUACAGACAGGAGAAGAAGAACAAAGUGUAGAGGAGAAGGCAACUGAAGACGAGGAAGUUCAGGAGGAGGUAAUACCUGAGGAGGAGAAACUUAAUGUGGAGGAGAAAGUGUUAGAAGAGGAAGAAGAUGUAGCAGCUGAAGAGGUGGAAGGUGAUGAGCCAUUAGAAAACAGUGAUAUACCAGAGGAUGAAUAGCGCAUUGGAAUCUAUCCCACCAUGGACAAACUUUCACACACACAGAAUGGGACAUUUCUCCACCUAAUGACACACUCUACAAUAAGACAAACGCUUAUUAGGGAGGCACUAUUGAUUGCUGUUGUUUCGGUGCAGUAUUCAUUAUAUGGUUGCUCUUUUGAAAGGCAGAAGAAAUAGGUCACUAUGCUGAAGUCUUUACCUCACAUUACAAGAUGGCUGUUAUGUUGCUAAAUAAGUACUUCAGGGUUCACCUGCCAAUAACAACCUCAGAAGCCUUAACGCACAAACUGUCUUUCUACAGAGCCUUUUCCGCUCUUCAUAAGUCUGUGCUAAACUGGAAAACUAAAGGCCAAGGACAUGACAAGAAGCCAAUGCAUACACUGUUUUUUUUAAUGCACUUGAAGCCAUAAGUAAUGCCUGUUUUGGUGACAUUAAAAUGUUUCUUUUUCUAACUGCCUGAAAUGCAUUUUGAGACUAUUUCAGAAGAAAAGAAAACCGUAACUUAACGUGUCUGAGUUGUUUACACGGGCGAAACUGCCAACUGAAGAGCUAGCAAAAGAAACGGCUAAUCUUUGAGAUAAACAAGAGAUUCCUGAAUGUAUAAGACAAACUGUAGUUGAUAGUACUUUUUUAUUUACUUUUCUAAGUACUUGCUGUGGUUCAGUACUUAAAAUAAUGAACGUUUGGUUGAUGAAGUAUGGCUUAUUGUGUUUUUUUGCACUCGCUACAGGUGUAGUAUUGUAAAAUACAGUGGUCUAAAAGUCUGACAUCUCUACCAAGAACUGUUUGAUCAGCAUUAUCCUGCUGCAUUCAAUGCGUUUUGCCAUUAUCAUCGAGUCCGAUCAGACGUUGCCUCAACAACAAUAGCGGAAAUUCUAACUUGCAUAACUUUAACUACUAACAAUAUCUUUGUCCCUAACUUCAAGAAAAGGCUUUUUGGAGAAUCUCAGGGACAAAUUAUUCUUCAAGAGGGCAAAAUAUUAAAGCACUGAAGACCUGCAGUUCAAUAUUUUUGUUUUUUGGGAGGUAUUUAAAUGCUAGCUGAGGGAUACUCAUGGCCAUGUAAUCUCCAUCCAAAGCAUCAAUUAGACCACCAUUACAAAUAUGACACAAUACUGACAAAUAAUGUUUGUUUUGUAGAUCAUCACAGCUUAAAUCGUAAAACUAGUUUUUGACUUUUGUCAAUCUCGGAAAAAAGUUGUGAAUUCAAAUAAAUCAAGAAAUUGAACUCUACAGUUCCAAAUUUCAGCCAAUUGAGAGUUUAGAGCAAGAGUUAAUAAAUCCAGAUUGAAUGCAAACAUAUAAAUCAAAUAGAAGGACAAAUUCAUGCUCAUGUAAAUUAGCAUUAUAGCUAACGCUGUCCCAGCAGAUGUGUUUGUUGUGCAUAGUCCCUGUCGAAUGCUGCAGCCUAAUGUCAGACUUCCUAGUUUUCUACUUUCCCGAGCAGGACACUGACCCUUAACAAAGGUGGAAGUCAUGCCUGGACUGUGAAAUCUGAAGGUGGAACGAAGAGUUGUUAUCUCUACAGUCAGCAGAUCUCAGCCCUCCUGGACAUGUCUGGGAACAUGAGAGAGAAAAAAGAAAAAAACACAGGGUCACAUAAUAAGUUUCCUUUUCUGAGAUGCUCUUAAAACAACUGGAAUAAUGUGAAUUAUGAAACAAGGCUCUGCUAUUCAGAGUGGAAGCUGUGAUUAGAGCGUAGACUUAACAUAUCAAACAUAUUUAUCUGAAAAAGGUCCCCCUUUGGGGAGAUGACUAAUAUUUGUAUGGUCAGUCUUCAAAAUGUGAAAUAAUUUAUGUUAGUUCUUGGUAGUAGGCUAAAGCAAGGCUUUUGGACAUCACUGUACCUACAUUUUUACUAAAAUAGGAAAAUGCACUGCCAAGGAUUUGGUUACUGUCCACUUCUCACGUUGUCCUUUUUAAAAUAAACUGCUUAUUUCACUUAUA